AUGAAUACUACCUAUAUACAAGUUUUGCGCAAUUUGCGUAAGGCUAUCAGGAGAAAACGACCCAAAUUCUGGAGAAGCCACUCGUGGAUUUUGCACCAGGACAACGUACCGACACAUACCGCUUUACUUAUCCAACAGUUCUUGGCGAAAUACAACACCGUUGUGAUGCCACGACUUUUCCUAUUUCCUAAACUCAAAAGGAUACUCAAAGGAGAACGUUUUUCAACAAUAGAUGAGAUAAAGGCAAAAUCUAAUACCGAGCUUAAGAGGAUACAUAAAGAGGUGUUCCCCCCAAUGUUUCUCAAACUGGAAACUAUGUUGGCAUAA